UUGAAUACAACAAACUAAGAAAUAUUUCUGCUGGAGCUUUUAAAGGACUUCAUUCAAUGAAACAUUUAUAUCUGAGCAGUAAUUCAAUCACGAGGAUUGAAGAGAGCUCGUUUUCCGGACUCAAGACGCUGACGGAAUUACAUUUGAACCACAAUUCAAUCACGAAAAUUGAAAAGAACUCGUUUUCCAAGCUCAAGACGCUGAAGAAAUUAUAUAUGCAAAACAAUGGCCUCAAGUACAUCGCUCCUGGUGCCUUCGACGGGCUUGAUUUGAUUGAUUUGCGCCUGCAAGAUAACAACCUCGAGGAAGUACCUGCGUUUCAAAAGCCUUCAAAAAUUACUACCCUAGAUUUGUCCUCAAACCCAAUCAUGAAACUUGAUGCCAAAGCGCUGGGACUGCAUUAUGAUCUCGUCAGUCUAUAUUUGUCCCAAACAAGGAUUACGACCCUGGAGAACAGAGUUUUUGUCAAUAACAGCCAACUUAAAACCUUAAGGUUCAUAGGAAAAAAUCUGAAAGAAAUACGUCCGGAGGCUUUCAAAGGACCAAAGCUCAUGGAGUUAAAUUUGCAAGAAACUGGGAUCAAAUAUCUGCCAGGUGAUGGGCUUGAGUACUUGAAGUAUCUCACAAUCAAAGGAGCACGGAAGCUAUGGGAAAUACCAAUCGUCCAUUUUGACAACCUAGACACAGCAAGUGUGGAAUACGCCUUUCAUUGCUGUCUCAUUAAGACUAAACGUGACUCGCGUAACGUGAUGGCCACUAAAUCGAGUGUUUUAUCGUCUCCUACCGUCAAGCCGUGUAAUGUGACAGCUAAUAGAACGACAACUACAGCACGUCCAACCACGACAGAUCCCUUUGGUGGUAUCAUGGGACCAAAACGCAACAACACGGAAAUUCCAACUGAAUCAUGCUACGAUGGGACCAAAAAUACUAACACUCUCCCGACAGGGUCGACGGAUGCACCGUUUACUUGCGUUUCAGAGCAAAAAAAUGACACGUUCAACCCGUGCGGUGAUUUACUGGCGACGAACGCGUUGCGCGUUUCUUCCUGGGUGGUGCUGGUCCUCGCUCUCUUCGGGAACUCGUUCAAACUAUUUGUUCUGUUGCUGAGUAAACGCAAAAUCUCCAUCACCAGGAUCCUGAUGUGUAACCUGGCUUUUGCAAACCUCUGCAUGGCUGUGUUUUUGUUGAUGAUCAUAAGCGCCGAUAUGUAUUCCUUGGGCGAAUACCAAAACUUCGCUAUGCGAUGGCAGUUCGGAACUGGUUGCAAAAUCGCCGGAUUUGUAUCGAUUUUCUCCACAGAGCUCUCUGUCUUUGUGUUGACGAUCAUCACUGUGGAGAGAUACUUCACCAUCGUCCAUCCUCUUAAGGUUAACAAACAUUUGAAUACGAAGCAGGUUAUUAUACUCAUAGGGGUGGGGUGGACGUUUUCUUUGACAAUGGCAAUCCUGCCGCUGGUAGGGGUGAGUAGUUAUCAACAGGUGGCAAUAUGUCUUCCAUUUGAUGUGAAAAACACUCUGUCAAAAGUUUACGUUACGUUUCUUUUAUCAACGAAUGGAAUGGCGUUUUUCUUCGUGCUGUUUUGUUACGGUAGAAUGUACUGCAGUCUCGGAGGAUCUGUGCCUGGCGCGUGCGUGGACCGUGUGGAGAGUCGCGUUGCCCGAAGAAUGGCGAUGCUUGUGAUUACAAACUUCGCAUGCUGGUUUCCAAUUGCACUUGUCAGUCUUGUAGCUGUUUAUGGAACAACUUUGAUAGAUUUGAAAACGGCGCAGUUUUUCUUGAUCUUCGUUUACCCAAUCAACUCCUUCACAAACCCUUAUCUCUACGCCAUAGGAACGAAACACUUCCAGAUGGACGCACUGGAAAUCAUAAACCGUCUUGGUAUUUGUAAGUCAGCGGUAGAAAAAUUGAGCGGUAAGCUACGAGAUCAACUUGAGACGUUACCGAACUCGUCCCGAGGAGUUACCGGAAGUAAAAUAAGUCUCAGCUCCUCUCGGUCACCGCACCAUUCGCCUGGAGUAUCGCCAAAGAGCAGUUUUCGUAACGAGGGCCGUCAUAGCUCUUACAGAAGCCGCAACGAGAGUAUGAGAAGUAACAGCAGCAACUUCUGUUCCAACUCAUCGAGAGAAAGCCAAACUUGUUCACCGUGUAAUUUUUUAACAAUUCCAUUGAUUUAUAGGAAAAGCUAUGACCAGGACCGAGAGAAAGAGACAGCAGACUCCAGGUCAAGUGUUUAUAUAAAGAACAAUGCAAUCGAAAGGACUUCCUUCCAGUCGCAAAACUCUGAUUCUGAACAGGAUAAGAUUUCCGCGCGUAGACAAUCCGCCAAAGAAGUUGUUCUGGAUGGGCAGAUUGCCUAUCAUUUGAAUAGAGCAGCGUGUAAAAACAAGGACAGUGAUGAUGUAGAGGCGCUGAUGUCUCUCGAGUCUGACACAAGCGAUGUUAAUAAAAACACAGAAGACACAAAGGACCACCUUUACUCGCAGAUGCCAGUUGUCAUGGUGACGACCUGUUAAUGUUGCUAUUGAUAGUGAUAUUAAAUUCAGAGGACACACUUGGGAUAAGAAAAAGUGCGCCCUUCAAAGAUAGGACCAUUAUUGUUUUUCGGUUGAGACUAAAGGCCGAAUAAGAUAGCGUAAAUGGAUCAAUAUCAGUAUCUGGGCAACUGCCCACCUACCCCUCCCCUAACUCAACAACAGUCAAUUGACAACAAGUUAAGGCUAAUGUUAGGUUAGGGGAGGGGUAGGUGGGCAGUUGCCCAGAUACUGAUAUUGAUCCGCGUAAAUCUCGUUCCAAGGCUCUUCUCUUGCCCCUCCUAGUACGAAGUUGAGAUGGUGGUGGCACAAAAUCUCCUCUUUCACUGAAUUUUCCAAACGCUUAUUGACAAAGAGACAUUGAGAAUAUCAAAAGAAGUUAUCCCGCCCCCUCUACCAUGAACAAAUACAACUUCAACAAUAACAAAUCUUCAGAAAAAAAAUUAUA